AUGGACAUUAUAUCAACAGACAGUAAACCUCAUUAUCAGAUUUCGUUUUACUCCAAUAAUGAAAAUUAUCGCCAUAUCCCGAGUGAUAUUUUAUCUGUACCGACUGAUAUCACAGUGGAUAAGUUAAAUGUGCUUGCAAAUACGACUUUGAACAACAUAUCUGGUAAGGAGCUCAAGUCAGUUGCUUUCGAUUUUCUUAUUUCAUCGACGAUUUUGCGGACUACGUUAGAGGAAUUUGUCCAAGAAAAUCAUGUUCCAGUCGAAUCAGUUAUCAGUAUAGAGUGUAUUGUUCAGGAGCCAGCACCAGAACCCGAUUCUGAUAUUACCUUGCCUGACUGGAUUGGUGCAAUUAGGUGCAACGACAAGUUCAUUGCAUCUGCUACAUAUGGUGGUGAACUUGUGUUGUGGAAGCACUGUGGGAAGAAACUAACAUCAUCGGUUUUACAUGAAGAAGCUAUAAAGUGUCUCGCAUUUCUCCCCGACCAAAAAGGAAAUCGAAUUGUCACCUGUGGACAUGAUCAGGUUCUGAUGGUAAGUGAUGUAGAAAUAGAUGGAUCAUCCAGUUUCAUAAAGCCAACAUGCUUACUUCGCGGUCACGAAAGAAGCGUAGAAUCCAUAGCCGUGAAUACCGAUGGUACUCGGACGGUUUCAGGAGGCUUUGAUAAAAUGUUGAAAGUAUGGAAUACCGAUAAAGAUGACACAUCCACUAUUUUCGAAAAAGCAGACAAUGGAGAAACGAGCAAGAAGAGAAGGACUGAUGUUAUCACUAAGACUCCCAUGGUUACUUUAUCUGGUCACAAGGAUGCUGUUGUCAGUGCAGUCUGGUCAUGUAAUUCUACAAAAGAAGUGUUAACAGCUUCAUGGGAUCACACGAUAUCUCUCUGGGAUUUGGAGCUAGCAGGUCAGAUAAGUAUCUUAAAUGCAAAGAAGGCAUUUACAAGCAUUUCAAUGUGCUCUUCAAGUAGCAUGCUUAUAAGUGGUUCAGUAGAUCCGAUUGUAAGGUUAUGGGAUCCACGAAGUCACGAAGGAGCACUAGUGAAACAGUCGUUUAUUGGUCAUUGCGGUUGGAUCUCAUCAGUUUGUUGGAACAAAAUGAGAGAAAAUCUCUUCAUUUCCGCCAGUUUUGAUAAAACAGUAAAAAUGUGGGAUGUAAGAAGUAAUAAAACUUCUUUGUACGAUCUUGUUGGCCACAGCGAUCGUAUAUUGUGCUGUGACUGGUCAGUGAAUGAAUUAAUUGUGAGUGGUGGUGUGGACUGUACAAUGAAAACAUAUCGAAGAAAGAUCUAG